AUACAAAAAGCUUAAAGACAAGUCAUUAACGUUUAACACAUGAACGUCAGAGUGUGAGUUUUCUUACUACACUUUCAUAGAAGUUUCUCCUCACUUUGCGGCCUCGUAGAAAGAGAAGUGACUCUGCUGCAGAUUGCAAAAUGAGGAAAUUUAGCAGAAAGCUGUCCUUAUGUUGCCUUCUGUAUGAGUUUAUUUCAGGAUCAAAACACUGUCUGGCUCAGAAGGAUGGAUUAUACAGAGCUGAAGCUAUUCUUACUCAGUGUCCAGGUCCAGGCGAUGCAUGGGGGACAUGAGAGAUGACAUCAUCCGUAGACUGGUUCGGGCGGUAUACAAACUGCAGUGGAUCCAGUGUGUCAGGUAACACAAAAGAAGAUGAAAUAUGCAGGAGUCUUAUAUUAAACACAGAAGAUAGCACGGAAGCAAACUGCUGACUGAGGAAGACGAAAAAGUGGCUGCUUGCAGAAAUGAAAAUCUUCUUGGACAUCUAACGUUCCUCGACACGCCCCAUUUUGUUCGGCUCGUACAAAGGAGAAGUAUGCUGACUCCUCUGAUUUAAGCUCCGAGGAGCUUGAUAUGGACCUGGCCAUGUGAAUUACUUUCAAAAGGUUUCAUUCCUGGGGAUUUGAACAUGUGGACUGGCAUGUGUUCACCACUAAAGUAUCCGCAUGGAUUUCCAACAAGUUCUUAAAGACAAAGGACAGGCUUUAACAUGACCUGAAAUACAAGAAACACCCACGUGAAGGUGUACCUUUUUUUUAUGUCGUUGAUUCAACCAAAACCGUAACCUCCUUUUUUAUUAACUAAUUCAUCGAUGAAUUAAUUAAUCUUUACCGUUCGCGAGCUUCAAUAGCUGCUUGGUUCUCCAGCUGGACCGAAAUGUGACCCAAAAAUAACAUCCGAAUAAGAAGCUGUAAUUAGGGACAAUCAUAUCUGUUUUGGAACAAACCUAACUUCAGUGUCCUUUAGCAUGAGAGGGUUGCUCACUUAGACAAAACUUUCUCUUCCAGAUUUCAUAUCAAAGCCAGCACUAGCAAGGACAACGCUAACAGCUUGUUCACAUGUCCAAGAUGACUUUAAACCCCUGACAGAUUAUAUUUUAGUUGACAUAUGAAAUGCUAAAGACCCUAACAGGAUGUUCCUUUUUCCUAUGAACCAGAACUUGACAAGCUUUUGAUUUGAUGCCUCACAUCAGCGUCAAAGAUAAAGCGACAGGAAGCCGAGAAUGUUUGUGGCUUCAAGGACUAAUUUAUCAGUUUAAGAUUUCAUAUCCAGAAUGGGAUUAGUUUUUUUGUUUUGCUUUUCUGUAGAAAUGUUGCUUAGACGAUAGCACAGACAUCGGGAACCGCUUGACUUGUACCAUUUUUAAGCAUUAAACAUUAGCAACAACAUGAGCAAACCCCUCAAUCAAGCUAAAACUACACAAUGGAUAUGACUGUUUAUGUGUGUAUAUGAUCCUGUUUUGUUCGAGAUGUUGCGCAGAGGAUUGUUUUUCUGGUUCUCUCGCAUCGGUGGCAUUUUAGUCCUCAUUUGCUGCUUUCUUUCCCUCCUCUACGUCAUCACUUGCAACCCUCACACUGACGACCCCUUGAUGGCACCCAGGCUGGGUGUGCCAAGCUCUCCAAGAGGGCCUGGGGUUCCUGGAGUGCUCAGCGGCACCCUCUUGGGUUCAUCGAGCCACGAGAACUAUCAAGCUUUGCUUCAGGAACAUGAGGAGCAGCAACGGCAACAUAUUUCCAGCCUGAAGAAGCAAAUCGCAGAGCUGAAGGAGGCCCUGCAGGAGCGAGCCGAGCGCCCGAAGGAGUUUCAGGAGAAGGCGGGCAACGCGGCGACGGAUCUCAACGAUUUUCUGCGCACCCAAAUAGGCCGGGCGGAGAUCAACGCGGGUGUCCGCUUGGCAAACGAGUAUGCCGUGAUACCAUUCGAGAGCUUCACGCUGCAGCGUGUCUAUAACGUGGAGACGGGACUCUCACGCCAUCCUGAGGAAAAACCAGCAAGGAAAGAUAAACGUGAUGAGAUUAACGAAGUGGUGGAGAGUGCCUUGCACACACUGAACUCGCACAAACACAAUAUGGAAGAUAAAUUUGGUGCAGAAAAGUUGUACAGCAGUGCUGAUUUUAUUGAAGGUUUAGCACGAACGGAGAAGGAUAAAGGAACGUUGUACGAGCUGACAUUCCGUGGAGACAGGAAAAACGAGUUCAGGCGUCUCGUCUUAUUCCGUCCCUUUGGCCCGUUGAUGAAGGUUUCAAACGAACAUGUGGCGACGUCUCACACCACCAUCAACAUCAUCGUACCGCUUUCACAGAGGGCUGACAAAUUCAAACAAUUCAUGCACACCUUUAGGGAGGUGUGUAUAAAGCAAGACGGACGAGUACACCUCACCGUUGUCUACUUUGGCCAAGACCAGAUGAACGAAGUCAAAGGAAUCCUGGAGAACACGUCCAGAGAGCUGAAUUUCCGUAACUUCACGAUGAUUCACCUGAACGAGGAGUUUUCCCGAGGCCGGGGUCUCGACGUGGGUGCGCGAGCGUGGAAAAGAGGGAACGUUCUGCUCUUCUUCUGUGACGUUGACAUCGUCUUUACCGCUGACUUUCUCAACAGCUGCCGCCUGAACGCGCAGCCAGGAAAGAAAGUGUUUUAUCCGAUCCUGUUCAGCCAGUACAAUCCCUCAGUGAUUUACGGAGGCAGCGAUCACGUCCCGCCUCUAGAGCAACAGCUGGUGAUUAAGAAAGAGACAGGCUUCUGGCGGGACUUCGGGUUCGGGAUGACUUGUCAGUACAGAUCCGACUUCAUCAAUAUCGGUGGAUUUGACGUGGAUAUUAAAGGGUGGGGCGGUGAGGACGUUCACCUCUACAGGAAGUACCUCCACAGUAACCUGCUGGUGAUCCGCGCUCCAUCUCGCGGCCUUUUUCACCUUUGGCACGAGAAGCACUGUGCCGACGAGCUCCAGCCCGAGCAGUACAAGAUGUGCAUGCAGAGCAAAGCCAUGAACGAGGCGUCGCACGGGCAGCUCGGGAUGCUGCUCUUCCGGCAGGAGAUCGAGGCUCACCUGCGCAGACAGAAGCAACAGAGCGCCGCCAAGAAACCCUGACGCGUGAACCGUGGUGACACAUAGGCACAAGAAAGAGAAAAUAAAUACAAUACUGAAAACACUUGCGUACACUAUGUCUGUGAAGUACACAGGCUUUGGGCUUCAAUGCUGUUUUAAUAGAGACGCUUUGACUCCUUUUAACGACGCAGAAGUGUUACAGCAGCAACAGGGUAUUUCCAUGAAGCUCAUGUCAAUGGGAGAUGAUACGUCAAUCGGCCGAGUGGUUACAUGUUUAACUUGGAUGUCAAGCAUGAGCUAGCUAAUGACUAAGGCUAACGAUAAAGCGAGGUAGCAUGUAGUCUUUUAAAAUCUAAAUACAGGUAGUCCCCGACUUACAAACAUGUGAGUUUCUGAAGAUGUGAACGGACCGCGGUUCUACUUUCGGUUCAAUCAUGGAAGUAGCUCAUGAGUAUAGUACAAAAAAAUAGACACUGCAAUGCAUCAGAUACCAAUAUUUACAAUUAUAUACAAUAUUUUCAGUGUGUAAGUUAAUGUAUAAAAUAUCUAAAUUCCGGUAUAUUGUAUGUGUCUGUGUGUGUGUGAAGGUGCGGGAGAAAUAAGUCGUCCUCACUGGUUUCAAUGAAUUAGUCCGAAAUCACGUUGUUGGAAAAAAAUGUCCUGUAAAGCUGUCCUGAUGGAGAAUAAUGCUCAACAAAACAAAGUUCACAGUCCAAUACAGUGGAAAACAGCUCUGGUGUCCGGGAAUUCCCUGGUGAUUUAAAGGCACAGAGACAACACCGUUACAUUUGAUGUUGAUUCAAUUCAAUUCAAUUUUAUUUCUAUAGCGCUUUUAGCAAUUUUCAUUGCCGCAAAGCAGCUUUACACAGUCAAAAGAAUUAUUUAAGUUAGUAUGAAAUGUGAAUUUGUUUUUGGUCACAUGAUGGCAGUGUGGGGAAAGGGGACAGGGAU